UCGAUUUUAAAUCCAUCUCUUUAACGAUUCAGUGUGAUAGCUAUGGCUUUCGUUGAUAUAUAUGCGUAAAUUAGAGCCUGAUAUGUAUACGCCUGGGGUUUUAGUAAUAAUUGUGUAAAACUGACGAUGGUAAACCGGUUUAAGUGAAGAGUGAUCUAUCAGGAUCGGAGAGGCCUCUGAAUUUCAUCCCCGUUAGCUCGCAGGAAAAACAAACAAACAAGAAAUCGUCGCCUGCUUCCUUUGGGAGUUCGAGCCCUGUUGGCUCUUUGUCCUCAGAGGAUCACGAUUUUGAUCCAACAGCUGAGAUGUUAAUUCAUGAAUAUGACGAUGAGAGAACUUUGGAGGAGGAAGAGCUUUUGGAUGGAGAGAAGAAUUUCAGUGCAGAAUUAUCAGACUUGGAGAGGGAGGGGAACAUGCCGAUCGAGGAAUUGUUGGCUAUGUAUCGUUAUGAGGCGUCAGUCAGUACAGGGGCGGGAUCUAGCAUGGACAGUUCUUCUGUUGAACUAGCUGAUGAUCUGCCUGACAUGACCCUGGAUAAGGAGGAGAUAGCGAAAGAUCUCUUGUCAGGAGACUAUGAGGAGGAGACCCAGUCCUCUGCGGAUGAUCUGACCCCUUCUGUUACCUCCCACGAUGCCACAGACUUUUUCCCUAGAACACUCAGAUCCAAUGCAACAUAUGAUGGUGAUAAAGAAUCUGAGGGGGAGGAGGAUGGUGUGAGCAGUGAAGAUUCUAGAAAGGAAAUAAUGGUUGGGUCUCAGUAUCAAGCAGAAGUUCCCAUGGGGCUCAGCCACUACAAUGAUGAUGAAAAGGUGUACGAGGAGGACGAUCAGCUGCUGUGGUGUCCUGACGUGCUGUCAGAGUGUAAAGUGAGAGACUACCUCAAAGAAGCGCUGUCACAGUCUACAGAUGACAGCACACAAGAUCCCACAUCUGAACACAUACGAGAUAACGAACAGGCCUUGUUUGAGCUUUUGAAAUGUAAUUACGACACCCGUGAGGCACUGACGCGAUACCGCAGUAAUGUGAAGACCUCGAAGGAAGAAUCCCCACCGUGGUCAGAGGAAGAAUGUAGGAACUUUGAACAUGCGCUGCAGAUUUAUGAGAAAAACUUCCAUCUUAUUCAGAAACACAAGGUUCAGACACGGACUGUAGCAGAAUGUGUGGCUUUUUAUUACAUGUGGAAAAAGUCUGAACGGUUUGACUACUUUGCUCAACAGAACCGAUUUGGCAAGAAGAAGUACAGUUGUUACCCGGGUGUGACAGACCUGAUGGACAGACUGGUGGAUGAGGCGGAGGGUCUGGCGGUGGACAGCUCGUUGUCCGUAUGUUCAGCAGGAGCAGGGGGAAGGAUGGAGGCGUCGACAGAGCAACAGCUUGGACUGCUCAACUCCAUCACCGCCAGCGACCUCACAGCCCUUAGUAACAGUGUAGCAACUGUGUGCAACGGUCCAGGAGACAUGAGCUGUUUAGACUCCCCUUAUUUCCCCCCUCUGGAGAGUUUACACAGAGGAGCCAUGAGCCAUGAUGAUCAGCUCAACUACGCCACGAACGGAGACAGUGGCUGCCUCAACAUGCUGGAUUCUGGCUUCUACCGCUCCGAUCUGGGCCAGAUCAGCAUGUGCAGCACCAAAGACUGCGAACGGCCCUCCAAGAGGCUCAAGAUGGGCCUUUCGGACUCCUUCAUUAACGACGUGUCUGUAACUAACCUGGGCGUGGACUUCGAGGGCAGACGCGCACAUCGCAUUACAGGCGCCACAAUGGCGGUGUCGGUCACAGACUUCAGCAGCAUAGGGAGCGGCGAAGCCAACGGUUUCAUUGGCUCUCAUUCGCGACACCACCAACACACUGCACUUCAGUCCGACUGACUCCUUUCUGCCAUCCAGACACAUUCAUCCGCUCACUGACUAUUAGUUCUUUUUUAAAUUAAGAAAAAAUAUCUAUAUAUAAAUAUAUGAAUAUACUUUUUGGUCGUUUUUUGUUUUUGUAAUAUGACAUCAGUGAUGUCUUUAUUGUACAGAGCUAAGAAAUCUUGAUUUCUCAAGAGUUUAAAUAGCCAUUUAUUUUUCUGGUCCUUCAGAUAUUUAAUAUCCUUUUUGUUUUCGAUGAUAUACAGUUAAACCUAAAUGCUGGAGCUAAAGUCUCUUACUGUACUCAUCCCAACGCCUGCAUCUUUCAGUUUUGUUUUCUCACGCAAAAUUUGCUGCCGCCAAAACUGCAUUUUUCGUUGUCGUUGUUUUAGGCUUAUUAUGUAUGUGUGUCUGUUUCAAAAAUGGGUACUUUUGUCAGAGUUUACACCGCCCGAGAUAGACUAAGCCUUGGGAAAUGUAGCAUUUUGUAUAUCAGGAAACUGGCUUUUGUAAUUGAAAAUAGUGAUUUCCUUGGAGCAGAAGACCUACAUGUUUAAACAAGAGCACUUUGUAUCGUUAUUGGUUGGUGUUCGAGUUAGGAUGUUUUUAAGUGUAAGCUUUAAUAACUGUCAAUUUAUUGUGGUAAUCUGAACAUUUAAUAACUUCUUUUGAGUUUGAUCUUUUUUCAGAUUUUUUUUUUUUAAUUUUGUGCAUUACCAAAAUUUUGCUGAAAAGUUAUUUUCUUUUACAUUUUGCUUUAUUUUCAAGUUUCAGAUGAGAAGAACACAGAUUGAAUCUUUCUCAGCUGCGCACUGUUAGAAAUGUAGAUUUUCCAGUCCCCAAAGUUUCGGCUAUAGAUUUUUUUUUUUUUUUUUUGCUCCAUGAUUUGGCACUCAAAUAAUAAUAGUAAUAGUAACAUUUUAUGAGACAGAUUGGCUCUAUGGGGCAGUUGCCUGCACUUCACAGUAUUGGCAUAAAUCGUGUAUAAAUAUUAGACUGUGAGAAGCAUGCAGGAUUUUUGAUUCCCCUUUGAGCUUGCAAAGCCAUUUACAUGCUAGUCAUUACCUUCACAGGUCACUUUUACAAAUCAUAAAUAACGCCUGCUGGUGCUCUAAACUGCAGGCGCUUUAGUACCAAUUGAACCAGUGUUAUUUUUAGCUUUUUUUUUUUUUUAAGCUAUGCAUUAUGUAUAUUUUGUAGCUGCCAGGGGUACUGAGAACACCUGAAUGUUAAUUGAGCUAAUUGUUAAUCACUCUGGACCUCUUUUUAUGUUAAGCUCUCUAUCUUAAGUUCUUUACCAUUGUUGUAUAUUGUAUGCAUGAAGCAGAUUGGACUCUUGUUGAUCCUUGUUGACACAUUUAAAGCUGAUUAAUACUAAAUGCCAAAAAGCAAUCAGCUUGCCGCACUGUAUCAAAAACCGAUACUGCCUCUGAGCUCGAGUCCUUCCUGCUAUUUGCAUUUAAAACAAUUUACCAUAGAAUUAAUUGUAUACUAAAAGCCCUGACUUUGAGUAGGGUAAUGCAAAAAUGCUAAAAAGUUUUUGUUUAUGGCAAUAAUAUGUAGAUAUGUAUAGAUUGUUGUACUUCUGUAAGUCUUACAGUAUCCAUAUCUUAUUCUUGCCUUUGAUUCUUUACUGCAGUAAGAGACGUCAAAAACAUGCAUGCCGAUGGUGGUGGUUUGCAAAAAUACCACAGCAUUUAUUUUCUUUUUUUUUUUCUUUUUUUUUGAGAGAGAGAAAGAGAGAUGUGUAGAAAUGUGUGGCACAUGCUUUUUGGACACUCCCAUUUAAACCCAUUUGUUCAUCUCUUUGCUCAGUAGACUGAGGAGUUUCAUUCGUUCAUCGUGAUUCUUACAUCCUUGAUACAUAACGGCUGCUAAUAGUAAUGUGAAGAGUCUAUUUUCUAUUGAAUGCACUGCAGUUAUAAGUUGAGUUGAAAGAGUCUUGUGCAUCUACAUAGUGAAAAUGUAGGGACGUACUUGUUAGUAGCAUGUUUGGAGCUGCGAUUACAGAAGCUGAUUGAAAUGGAUCCAUAGAUGCUAUUAUUCCUUGACGAGAUAGAAAGCACUACAAAGAGUUUAUCUCUGUCAGUCUUUUUUGUUCAGAUGUUUUCAGUGUCUACAUCAAGCAGAGAAGUUUAUCAUGCACAAAUGUAGUACUUGGUGCUCAUAUAAAAAGUUUUUUUAUUUUCAUACUUAAAGUCUCUGUGCUCCUACUAUUCUGUAUUAGUACUUUUUAUAAAUGAAACGGUGAACUUCAGCAAGAUUUGCUGAAGUACACUGACAGUAAUUUUACCCCCAAAUGUUUUGCAUAUUGUUUCAUUUUAAAGACAAGCUAAAAUACCAGAAUGUACAGGUUGUUUUGACCUAUAGAAGUAAAUGUUUUACAUCUUAAAACUAUUGAGAAAAGUUUGGUAAAGUGGAUUUGUGUGUUUUAUUAUGUAUUUAAUUUAGACAUUUUAAAGAAUUAGUAAAUGGAGGUUUUUACAUUCAACCAUGGAGGAGGAGGACAAUGGUAAAACUUGUGAAUAAAACCAACAAAUCCUAUAAAUGUAUAUCCAUAUAUACAGACAAUCAUAACAUUUAAUUACAGAAGUAUUCAGAUAUCUCUAUUGUUUAUAAAAUAUGUACAUAUAAUUGUAUUGCUUUUUGGUUGGUUUUUCAUUAUUUUGUAUUUUUGUUGUACUUUAUUACUUGGUGUAAAAAGCUCCAGAAAUAAAAGCUCUGGAAACAAA